GUUCUUCUGUCUUAUAGAAUGCAUUAAAGCCAAAGAUCUAAAAACUUUUCUUUGUCUUUCAAAAUGAGCUUUCUUGUUUUCUUCUGGUUUUCUGGACUGCUCUCCACCUCAGCUACUUUUACACAAAGGUACUUGCCUGGAGAUAAAGUGUUUGCUAUAGAUGAAGAACAAAAACCAUUUGGCAUUCCUUAUCUCAACUUGGGUUCAAAGAAGGAAUUGUUUGAAGGAGACAUAGCCAUUCCAAAUGGACGAAAUGCCCUUAGGAAUAUCACCUACAGGUGGAAAUUUCCUAUACCAUACAUACUAGGAGACAGCUUGGACUUAAAUGCCAAAGGAGCAGUCUUUCAAGCAUUUGAAAUGUAUCGUCUCAAAUCAUGUGUAGACUUCAAGCCAUAUGAAGGAGAAAAAACAUUUAUAAAGUUUGAAAAACUAGAUGGGUGCUGGUCUUUUGUUGGUGACCUACAAACAGGCCAGGAGUUGUCACUGGGGGAUGGAUGUGAUCAUAAAGCUGUGAUUGAACAUGAACUGCUACAUGCUCUGGGAUUUUACCAUGAACAGUCUCGCACAGACCGAGAUGAUUAUGUGAAUAUACAUUGGGAAGAGGUCCAGCAAGGCAAAGAACACAAUUUUGUCAAAUAUGAUGACAGUUUUAUUACUGAUCAAAAUACUCCAUAUGAUUAUGAAUCCAUCAUGCAUUAUGGGCCGUAUUCUUUUAAUAAGAAUGUGAGUGCACCCACAGUGACAUGCAAGAUUCCAGAAUUUGAUAAUAUUAUUGGCCAGUAUUUGGACUUCAGCAAUAUGGACAUAAUACGGUUGAACAGAAUGUAUAAUUGCUCAUCCUCUCUAACGCUGCUGGACCAUUGUGCCUUUGAAUCUAUUAACAUCUGUGGAAUGAUCCAAAGCUCAAAAGACGAUGAAGACUGGGUUCAUAUCAAAAGCAUUUCUGGGAUGGAUGACCAUACACUUCUUGGGCAAUGCAGAGGAGACUCUUCUUGGAAAAUUGCCCAUGUUCCCUUCCAAGCUACAUCUAAGUUCCGUUAUUUGUUUCAAGGUGUUAAAGGAAAUCCAGCACAGUCAAAUGGUGGAAUUUACAUUGAUGACAUCAAUCUUGUAGAGACUCGUUGUCCAAGUGGUGUUUGGCAAAUUAAGAACUUCACAGGCUUUCUUCUGACCUCUCCAAGUGAGAGUAUAUUCAAAGCCCUCAAUUCUAUAGCCCAGAAGGGUAUAGCUAUGGCAUCCAAGUUUGGAGUGGAUGAUGGUGCACUGGAAUGGCCAGUUGUAAACCGGCAGGCUUCCAUUACAGUACUGGAUCAAGAUCCUGAUAUACGAAUGAGGAUGUCAUCCAGUAAAAGCUUUACUACUUCACUGACACAAGGAGACUCUUCUUGGAAAAUUGCCCAUGUUCCCUUCCAAGCUACAUCUAAGUUCCGUUAUUUGUUUCAAGGUGUUAAAGGAAAUCCAGCACAGUCAAAUGGUGGAAUUUACAUUGAUGACAUCAAUCUUGUAGAGACUCGUUGUCCAAGUGGUGUUUGGCAAAUUAAGAACUUCACAGGCUUUCUUCUGACCUCUCCAAGUGGAGAGUAUAUUCAAAGCCCUCAAUUCUAUAGCCCAGAAGGGUAUAGCUAUGGCAUCCAAGUUGUACCCAACUCCUCAUACAAGGGUUAUACAGGGAUUUUCUUUCAUCUUUUCAGUGGAGUGGAUGAUGGUGCACUGGAAUGGCCAGUUGUAAACCGGCAGGCUUCCAUUACAGUACUGGAUCAAGAUCCUGAUAUACGAAUGAGGAUGUCAUCCAGUAAAAGCUUUACUACUUCACUGACACAAGAUGCAGAUGGUAAUUUCAACUGGGACAAUCCUUCUAAAAAUGGCAAAUAUGACUCUAACUGUCAGUGUUAUAAAAGUGGAACAUGGGGAUGGAGAGCAUUUAUCUCUCAUUAUGAUUUGCACCGGAGAAAUUACUUGAAAAAUGAUGAUCUCAUUGUUUUUGUUGAUUUUGAAGAUCUGACACCUCUUAUAAAAACUGAAGUUACACUCUCAGGAUUAAGUCCAGAAAAUGAACUUCACAACAAAGUUUAAAAAUAUGUGGAACAGAAGAAUUAUCUCCAUUUCUUCCAUUAAUUCAUUAUUAUUUCCAUGGUGUUGCAGAAUUCAAAACACAGCCCAGCCAUAUUCAAGAGAAGAGUUGUUUUGCAAGUAACUUUGAUGAGGAUAUGAUGUUGAAUGUUAUACUGAGA